UUUUUAAAGUGCAGCUCAGCUCUAUGCAGCUCUAUGAUUUGCUCUGUGUUUCACAGGAUGCUGGUUGUUAGUUAAUCCCCCAACUAUUUGAGCCCAGCUCCAUUUCCUGAGUAAUUUAUUGUUCCGCCUCACAUUUAAAUGAGAGGGCUGUUACUCAGAGCACAUGGAAUGCCCUGACGUCAUUAGCUAGAACAGCUACAAAAGAAUGAAAAUACAUCUGCUCUGCAUUCUCUCCAGAUAGUAACUCUGCGGAUGUGUUCAAGUUGUUGUCUGGACUGCUGUGAUUUCCGUAAGUUUCCAGUCAAUUUCAGACCUCAGAAUUUUAGGCUAAGAGGAAUGAAAACACUUCUGAAAGCUUGGAUAAAAAAAGGAUCCUCACUUUAAAGAAACCUGACUGGCCUCCUAAACUUAUACAGGAUCCAUUUUAAAGAAAGGCCACACCACUGCUCUGAAAAUGCUGCAGCAGAUUUUAAAGGAGAUGUACAUAGACCCUGAUGUUCUGGAGGCUCUGAACGAGGAACAGAAAAAGAUCUUGUUCCUGAAGAUGAGGCAGGAACAGGUGAGGCGGUGGACAGAAAGAGAAGAGAACUUUGAAAAGGAAAGAGAAUUCUUAAAUAGCCCGAAGCCGAAACAAGCUUCCCCCAAGUCUGUGAGCUGGCUUCUGGGGAAAGAUGGGGACGUGCAUGUCUGUGUCAUUGGAGAUGCUACGAGGACCGAGCCGUACGACCUCAUCUGCUCGCAGAUAGAUGACAAGAAAGAGAUGAGCAACGACAAUGCAAGAGCUCCUGUUCCAGAAACCUUUCAAAAAACAGAGUGCCAAAUCAACACUACUCAGGAAGAUGGAAUACAGCUUAAUUUUCAGACAGCAGAAAAGGAAAAUGACACUGCAGAUACAAUUACAGAACUAAAGGAUUCAGGGCUGUACUAUCGAUCACAUCUCCAGCACAAGGAACCCCAGUCUCUGGCUCUCAGACUAUUGGAUAGAGACCAUCAGGAAGAAAAAGGCCGAGAUAUCAAGAUUGUGCCAGCGGCUCGGAGACCAGUGCUCAGCUCUGACAGUGAAGAAGCCAAUCAGUCUCCAGACAACCCAGUGGCCCAAGGCCGGGUAGCUGAACUGCGGAAGAAUUUCAACCAUUUACAAGUAACCAGUGGAAAAAACACUCUGUCUCACGUGAAGCCACCCCUUCCAGCAAAACCAACCACCUUUCAGUUAAUGUCUUCAGCUGGAUUCAGGUAAUUCCAGAGUGGUAGCGCAAGCAAGGACUUUAUGUACUUUAGGUCUGGCUCACAACAGCCAACUGUACAAGGGAACAAAUGUGGGUAUCUGUGGAUUUACUGCAUUCACAGAGGAAUAAUAUGCAAUAAUGAGGGCCAAACACUGUGGGAAAAUAGAGGCCAACUGUGGCUUCUUGUCUGUCUUUACUGGGCCGAUUUCACAAAGCUUAACCCAUCAUUUGUUUAAAGAAAGUUUACUUUAUGAAUAACGUUAACUGUUCUAGACUGUUGCUAGAAGUUUCAAGAGUAUUACUUUACAUUUGAUAUCUUCUAUGUUGAAUGUCAUGGUAUAUUUUUUCAGCAACAUUUGGUUACAAAUACUAUUUCCUAUACCGUACAGCUGAAUGACAGCUGAGGAAUGUUUUUAGUUUCAGUUGAUUUGUGGCCCAUGAUCUGUGAAUAAAAAUAUCAAUACAAUCUGAAUGAUGUUGAAAAAUACAUUGUUGAGCGAAAUCUAAAAUAAAUGAUAUGUCAGUGGCUGGAAAAGCGUGACUGUAAUCCACAUUGCUCAGGUGACGUGCUUCUUAAAAACUACACGUUAAAGUGUUGGAAAUUGGGGCCAUUGUUUUGUUCAGAUGUUUUUGUGCUAUUGAUAAUAUCAUUCACUUCAGAUGUUCAGAUCUAAUUUAAAGCACACAGCAAUAAGAGGAUGUAAUUUCACUUCAGUGUUCCCUUCCAAUCUGUGAAGAGACCGGAUAUGUUGUUGUAUUGUAAGCACCCUCCCUGUGUUUCUAAAUGCCUGCUUUUAUUGCAACCAAAGAGAUUGCCGCUUGCGACAGUUUUGAUGUGAAUGCGCUGGUGGAAGGAUUAGCACACCGUUAUUAUUGAAAGCUGCCUUGUAAUAAUGGUGGAGGGUCUUUUCUGUUUUGCACUCUCUUUCUGCUCCUGGGAGUAAAGGUCACCUCCUCAGGGAAGUGCCAAAUACAUUCUGACCACCAAAGAACAGGCCCAGCUUUGAGCAAAUUAAACCAGCUGUGCACAGCAGCGGUCACCGUGGAGACAAGAGAGGCAGAAACUAAAUACUAUAUAGCGAGCCCUGAACACAAGGGACAACACAAAUCUGAUCUGAAAUGUGGUAAAGGGACAAUACAUAAGCACUGUGCAAUGCAUGCUUCUUAAUUACAAAUAUAGACUGCAGACAUGUGCAGGUAUGAAAGAAAUGAGAAAUUUUCAAAUACAUUUCCUUAUAUCCUGUUGACAUGUAUAAGCAACAAAGCGGAUUUUUAUGGCAGUGAAAAAGGUCUAAUUACAAAGUUGCUAACACUAAUUUAAAGCACAAAAGUGGCCUUUGUUUUCGCCCAUUUUAAGGACAUGUAGCUAUUAAAGCGAUUGAAUGUUGAUUCUGAACACUUCCAGUGUCUGUUUCUGUAACAUUAGGAUGUGUACAUGUUUUCUUUAUUGCCUAUUCUAGCUGGCUGCCAUUUUGCUAUAUGAUGAAUCAGGAAGGGUUCAGCAGAGUUGAAGCAAUAUUUGAAAACCAUGAAUUAAAAUUGGCAAAACCACACAGACUUGCAAGAAGCCAUUUAGAAUGUGCAAUAAAUAAAAAUUACACAAAAUAAUAACAUCAGGGGUCAGAAUGAUUAAAAGCAAUAUAAAGGUGAGUUUUUUUUUCUUCAUUUAAGUCACAUCUACAGUGCAAAGCAGCUCAGGUCUAGCUUAAUCUGAGCAGCUACUGCAUAGAACAAUGUAUGUGCCCUCUACCUGCCAUGUAAAUGUGAGGGGUGUUCUGGUGCUCUUAUUUUCUCAGUAAUUCCCUUUCAGAAAGCUUACGUUGUUUGGCAUUGAUUAAAUGGAAUAAAACAGGUUGGUUACACAACACAAAACAAGCAGUCCUUGAUCGAGUCACAAUCAACACCAGUCUUGCAGUGGAUUUAAUAUAGCACCUGCUGAGAUCAACCUGAUUAGAUUUAACAUGUUGUUAUUUGUCAUACCUUUCAUUUAUCCUUUUGACAUGAAAUAGUUCUGAUUUCACUUGUUUCCUUAGAAUUGUGUCAUCUCUGCAGUGAAUUGUGGGAUUGUAGACCUGGGCAAAAUGUAACCUCUGAUUAAACCUGACAAGGAAAAUCCAGUUUGCCCAGCAGAAGCUCAAGUUAGGACUAGAAAGGUCACAUGUACGUGACGAAUCAGUGGCAUUUGCUAGUUGAUAUUUUUCAUUGUCAGUUUGCGGCAUUGGUAUAGCAGUAAAAAUAUCAGCGCCCAGAGUGAAAGGCUUUUAAAUCACUCAGUGAUUAAGUUAUUUGACAUUGAUUUGGUAUUUAGUUGUAAGGUGAGGAUGGUAGGUUUUCAUGCACAUUAAUUAAUAGAUUUGUUUGGUUUGGUUUAAACCUGCUGACACAUUUUUUUAAAGGGAAUAACUGAGUAGUAAACAUGAAAGAUAUGUAACAGUGCAACACUGACUGUGACCAAGUCUGUCUGUCUGCCAAGUGUCUAGGGUUAUAGUACUGCUACAGAGAGCUGGGAAGAGCCAAGUUUAACCCAUUUAAGUGUUUGUUUUGCUGCCACACCUGAAAAUCUAUUAGUGGCCAGGUGUUACACAAAAUUAGAACUGGAAAUAUUUUAAAAGGAAAAAACAAAUUGUAAAUAAUGUUUUUGCUGGUUUUAUGUUGUAAAUAUUUAAUUGUGUUCACUGUACACUUUUAUAAUCUAGAAAUGGAAGAAUGGGAUAGAGUUAGCUAAGGAACUGUACUACCACCACAUGCUGUCUUGUUUUGUUACAUCUUUUACUUAUGCACGCCAGGAACCAAAUAAAAAUAUGUUUGUGCA